GGUCGCACCUUCUCCGAAACCGCAGCGGUGCCCGCCAUGUCCUCGGACUCGUUGCUGGACAGUGAACUGGAGCCCUUCCAGCACUGCGACAUGCUGCCGAGCCUGGAGGGUGCAAACCUGGAGGACUUGGAUUCCUGGGAGCAGCUGUGGCCCUUGGAGUCGCUGCCGCCUUUGCCCAAGAGAGACCCAAAGUACUGGUCUCAAGCGACCGUGGGCAUGCUCCUGAUCGCCUCGAUGAUCGUCAGUCUGACAGUUGCGGUCCACCUCUCUGUGGGGCGACGGAGCCGAUGGAGCAAUCCCUCGUGGUGUGAAUCUGCAGAUACCGUGAUCCAGGGCUUUGCACUGCUGGCGUUGUUCUGCACCGCCUUUAUCCUCUGUGGCAGGUCAGGGGAGGUGAAGCGGAGCCGACUCACCUGCUACCCCAUCCCAGCGCAGGUGGUGCAUCAUCUUCAGGGCCAGUUGCCUCGCCUGGACAAGAACAUCGACGGCCCCGAGCACUCCACGCGCCUCAGGAGCUACUGCGUGCGCUGCUUGGUAUGGCGCACUCGCGGAUGUGAGUCCAGCCAUCACUGCAGCAUUUGCCAACGCUGUGUCCCAGAGUUCGACCACCACUGCGGCGUGCUGGGCCGCUGCAUCUCCGAGGCCAACAUGCCCUGCUUCAAAGCCACCCUUGGCGCUGGCCUGGCGGGGCUCAUCGCGCUGGUGCUGACCAACGGCUGGUGCUCGGACGGCUGACCGACUCACCGACUCACCGACCGACUCACCGACCCGACUGAGCGGCCUCGGAAUCCAGGAACUAUGGUCCGGAGAUGUUUGUUUCGGC